AUGGCUCAACCAAAGGACCAUCUUUCCGACCUUGACCGGCAUGUGCAACUCCUAGAGGGCAAGGUGAACCAGCUACGGGCGUCGCUUGCGCACUGGCAGCAAUGGUACCUUGAGUACUCGUCGCUCAAGGAAGAGGUCGAACAAUUGCCCAAGGAUCCGCCUCCGCACGAGCAGCUUCGUCGCAUCCGCCGUGACUUUGAGACCAAGCUGCUCACCAAAAAGGAGCUUCACGAGAUCUUGGGCAAGAAUGACCUCAAGGCGCCAGAGCAGAUCAUUGGCGUCCUCUCGCGGCGUAUGGACUAUGUCGAGCAGAACAUAGACUCCUUGAGAAAGCUCCUCGAGAAAGAGGAGAACAGACUUGCUGCCGCGAGCGUAGUCGCGGCGCCAGAUACUGGUACCGAUGAAGAAAGCGGGCUGCCCAUCACCGACAUUGUCGAGGAGUUAGAUGAGGAUGGCAACGUGGUCAAUUUCCGGUUACAACGGGGUGCUGACACCCAGCCCAAAAUUGUCGAGGCGCUGAAGAAGCUAGGUAUCGAUGAGAAGGACCUCCCGGAGACUGAGCCGGGUGUGUCGGAGAACCAUGAGGCAUCUACACCGAGCUUAAAACCAGACGAGGCCAAAGACGGCCCGGGUCCGGAUGCUCCAGCGGCACCAAGCGGCCGUCCGGAAAGUGCAGAUGCCGAUGAGCCCGCUAAUGUCAAGAAGUCCGUUUCUUUUGCGGAGGACACAAAGCCGGGCGACGACGCUAUUGAGCCUCCACAGUCUAGAGCGGCGCAGGAGCUGGAACGGCUCAUGCAGAAGGCCAAAGAUCAGGAAGCAAUGGACAUGUCGUCCGCCGUCAUUCCGGAAACUGAGUCACCAGAGGACAGUCAGCUGCGCCGCGAGAUGCUGGAGUACAGCAUGUCGGAAAUCGGCCCUGUGGUCGCUGAGCUGCAGCUGGAAGAGGAUUCUGGCGACGGGGACAGCGAUGACAUGACCUGGGACGGUACUGACGAGGAGUACGAAGAAGCGACGGACGACGAUACCGAAGAUGAGCUCGGUCGCUCUAAACGCAGCGUCAUCACCUCGGACUACAUCAAGCGCAUGCAAGAGCUCGAGAAACGCCUCAACGUCCAGUCUGCCUUCACAGUUGGUCGAUCGGAAACCGAACCAAAGACGGAAGAGGGCAUUGGACGAAUCGCAGUAGUCGGCGGUUCGAGCGCCUCAGCGGUUGCGCCAUCAACUGCCCCUCGAGAGAAAAAGACAGUCGCCUUCUCCUCGAAGUUGGAUAUCGCCCCCGACCCUACGCCUCAGCAGCCUGUAGAUGUCAAACCCAAGGAACGCAAAAUCGCAGAAGUCGGCGAUAUUACGGAGAAGGGGGCAGAAGAACAGUCUUCUUUCGAUGAGCCAGAGGAACCACCGAGGCGCGUGUCACGGUUCAAGAAAGACCGGGCCGUCUCAUUGCCUCCGUCUACCGCUCCACUUCCUCCCGGGCCGCACCAAGUUCCGGCAAGUUUCUUCCCAGCUCGUGCGGCUCCUGCAGCGGAGCCAACCCCACCUGAACAUCAGACCGUGGCCAGCGAGGUUGUCGAGCGGCCUGUCGUCGCUGACCCAAUAGAACCCGAUGAGAUGGACGAUGUUCUUCUGUACAAAGAGGCAGCGGUUGAGUACAACCGUCUGCGGAACCAGUUGAUACAAAAACAAGGCGGCGUCGCGCAGCAGGAUGGAGCGCUGGACAGCGAGACUGGUCUCGUCCCGCUCGACGAAGAGCUGGGCGGACCCAAGCGCCUGAGCAAGUUCAAGGCCGCACGGUUGACCAAGCUACAAUGA